GUCGUCCCAGCAAUUAACUAAGAGCUGCUCGUUCAAUCUCUGGCAUGUCAUUAUUGCCAACCACAAUGUGUAUGUAUUCUGGCAUAGCUGCCCGCAUAUUUUAUUUGAUCUUGCUAGUUUUACUUCCGGGUUCCAAUGUGUUGUCUGUUCAUGGCAUGACAGAGGCUCGAAAUACAAAAUGUGUGUCCCAUAAUAGUUAUCGAUUGGAUAGCGGUAUUUCCUGUUCCUGGUUCACUGACUCUCUCGUUUUCUCUGAUGCUAGUAGCCACGCAGGAGAAGGGUUACAGCAAUGCUUCACGGAGGUAGGACGAGAUAAGAAAUUGGAGGUCGUGCUAACCAUGGCAAUGCUUGUUCAGCGAGAUAGGGAUAGAGGGGCUACGAUACGCAGCGGACGAGGAAGAUGCAAGUUGUCCUACCCAAAUCGCUGCGCCUACUGACACAAAGGGCUGGGGGGUUAAUCAACCUGCCCACACAACACGCCUUCGUCUACGCCUAGGAGAUAGUCGAGUGUGGUUGCGGCUGUGUUUGGUCCCUCGGCCCAACGAUGAUAAGGGUCAUAUAAAUGUUCCUCCCCGUCUUGACGCCGGAUCCAAUCUCCCCUCCAUACAGUUCACCUUGGGCAGGAAGAACGCGGUCGCUAUGUGGAAUGUGUA